GCUGUGGUUUUACACUCAGAAGAGAUGUUAUAUUCCCAGAUUAGAACUAGUAUCUGCAAAUAUUUUCUUGCCCCAGCUUGAUGUGAAGGACAUACCACGGGACUGAUUCUUCCUCUCUCACCUUGAGUAGUACCCUGUGAUUAGCGCCAUUGAUUUAAAUUGGACGUCUCACCGAGUAAGGUUCCACUCAGCCGGGGUAAGGGUAGCAGAAUCUGACUGUGUGCUUUUCAAAGAGCACAUAUAGCGAUAUGCAACGGAAAAACUGUAGUCUUUAGGGGAUGGUAUUUUAUGUCUAAGGGCUUCUGAACGCAUAAAAUCAGGGAGAAUGCGCCUGUGUAAUCCGAUCUGUUCUUGAAAGACUUGCAGAGGGCUGCAUGCUGCAGACAUAAGCUGUGUCAAUAAGAACUCUAUUCACUCUCUGAAAACAGCCUCGUGAUCCAGGUUUGAUUGGCAGCCUUCCUAAGGGAGGGCCUUUUUUGAGCAAGAGCUUGGAUUUUGGCGGCACUUCUGACUGACUCGACUGCCUUUUCUACCUCCCAUUUAUUGUUCUUUCCUCGGCGCGAUAAACUUGGAUUUCAGAUCUGGAGGCUUCUUGGUGCAGCAGUGGGAAUUUCAUGCAAGGAUAACAUGAGUGCAAAGAAGGUUUCCUUUCUCACAAUGCAGCUCCUCAGCCAAAGCAGCUUGUAGGAAAGAGAAGGUGACAGAUUUAGAAGAAUAUGAGGUUGCUGAAAAGUGCCUUUCCUGAAGCCACUGCUGCUUGGAUUUCUGUCUAAGGCUGUCUCUCUCUCCCCCCCCAACCCCCUCCCCCCCCCCUUUUUUUUUAAAUUUGGCAUUGCUUGCAGUUCAUACCCUAACGGCAACUCAUCCAUCCCUCCCCCCCCUUUUUUUUCCUUUUUACACUCUGUUCACUCAGCCAUUUUUUUCCUUCCCGAGUAUGUAGCAAAUAUUUUUGAGUGAUAACAUCCUUUCGCUCCUUUUAAUGCUCGUGAAUUGUCAUUUUUAGAACCAAGAAAUAAAAGGAAAAAAAAAAAGUUUUCUGCCCAAGGACCGAGACCAUUCCGCAAACAGAAGCGCUGCCAGCCGCAUAUGCUUUUUUGCAAGAAUAAUUGAAACCAUUAAGUGGAGAGCACAGAAUUCUUUUGAAAGUCUGCCAGUUAUUUUCAAGUAACUUUGGCAGUGGCACAAAAUAUAACACUUAUAUUUUAACUUCUACAAUUGCACUUUUAGGAGCUGGCCUCUCAUUUGAUUUUCAGUUAUUCUGAUAAGAUUUCUAUUUUAUGAUUGGCUUUAUGUUUAAUUCUUGUUGAAACAAACACAAUUUGACUUAAAUGAAAACCUAAGUGCUGACAAAUAGAAAUUUUACCAAAGCAACAAGUUAGUUAUUUCUUCACAUUUAACUUGAAUUCACUUUUUUACCCUUUUUAAAAAAAUCAGCAGUAAUAUUGUCCUAAAGAAGGGUGUGAUUGCUUGCGUUUUAAUUUUUGUUUUUAAUAUGGCUGUAAACGUUUCCCUGGUUCGUGAUACAAAAUGGCUGACUUUAGAAGUAUGUCGAGAAUUUCAGAGAGGUACUUGUUCUCGAUCUGAUGCAGAGUGCAAGUUUGCCCAUCCGUCACGGAGUUGCCAUGUGGAAAAUGGUCGAGUUAUUGCCUGCUUUGACUCUCUAAAGGGCCGGUGUACUCGAGAGAACUGCAAAUAUCUUCACCCUCCCCCGCACUUAAAAACACAGCUCGAAAUAAAUGGACGCAACAAUCUGAUCCAGCAAAAGACAGCAGCAGCCAUGUUUGCACAACAGAUGCAGUUCAUGCUACCGGGCGCUCAACUACAGCCAAUUACUACGUUUCCUGUGACUCCAUCACUUGCAACUAGUCCCACCAUGGCUUUUAGUCCCUACCUAAGUCAUGUUUCUCCUGGGAUGGGCUUGGUUCCUGCAGAGCUUUUACCAAAUACGCCUGUCUUGGUUUCCGGAAAUCCUACUGUUACAGUACCGGGAGGCUCUGUUGCUCAGAAACUGAUGCGUACGGAUAAAUUGGAGGUUUGCCGAGAGUUUCAGCGUGGAAAUUGCACACGUGGUGAGAACGAUUGCCGUUAUGCUCACCCCAUAGAUAUUGCAAUGAUAGACACAAAUGAAAACACUGUUACAGUUUGCAUGGAUUACAUCAAAGGCCGAUGCUCUAGGGAGAAAUGCAAGUACUUUCAUCCCCCUGCACACCUGCAAGCCAAAAUCAAGGCAGCUCAACACCAGGUGAACCAGACAGCUGCAACUGCAAUGGCCCUGCCGCCUGGUGCACUUCAACCUUUACCAAAGAGGCCAGCACUUGAAAAAAACAAUGGUGCCACCACAGUCUUUAACCCGAGCGUUUUCCACUACCAACAGGCUCUAGCUAGCAUGCAGUUGCAACAGCCUGCAUUUAUCCCUACAGUGCCCAUGAUGCACGGUGCUACGCCCACCACUGUGUCUGCAGCAACAACACCUGCCACCAGCGUCCCCUUCGCUGCAACAGCUACAGCCAAUCAGAUAUCCCAGUUAUCAGUAGAUGAACUGAGUAGCAGCAUGUUUGUUUCACAGAUGUAGAAGUUUCCGAUAGAACAACUAUGUUGAAAUUCUGAAGAGUAAAAUUAUGGAGUUCCAGGACUUCUCGGUGGGAAGCUGCACAUGGCCUUUCUGUAUAUAUUCCCUCCUCCCUCAUUUCUUCCUCGACCACCUCUACAGUAAGCCUGUUGCAGCCUACAUGUUAACCAAAAACUGAUCAAUGGGAAUGUCAAAAAAAAAAAAAAAAAAAAAAAAAAAAGCACUAUAGAAACAAUUAACAAACAGCGCUCUGUUAUAUGAGAUAUACAAGUAGACAAUUAUAAUAGACUUUUAUAACACAUUACUUUAACACACUUAAUCAUUUUAUGACUACCAUCAUAAGUGCAUCUGCACAGUGGACUGUUGGUUUACUGUAUACUAUCGAUGGAUAAAUGUUUGUCUUGUUUUUAAA